CUGCCGAAUAGGCAUUAUGCAUUUUAAUCAUUUUAAUCAUUUGAAUAAGACGAGAUGCAACAGAGUUCCACCAUAGGGCAGCAUUAAUUCAUACCCCAGGAAAAGCCAUUUAUUGUAGUAAAUGUCUUCUUAUCUCCAAUUUCUAAUUCAUUCAUUUUCUUUUUAUUUCCUUCAAAAGGACGGAAUAUACCUUAGGUAUAGGCACCUUACCUUAGGUACCUAACCUGGCUUAUAUAAUGUUACGACACUCAAUUUCUCAAGUCUUCGGCUCAAAGCACCCUGCUUUAUCCCCACGUGAGAAUGACGGCAUUGGACGCCCCCCUUGGCUGUCGCUCAACACAACAGCAAGUCAGUUGUCGGUGCAACAACCACAUCGCGAAUCCGGCAGCACAUUUCUAGAUAUUUCAUCUCUAAACCCUUCGUCUCAGCCCUCAUACUCUCAAGAGCCGAUCGUAAUGUCGAUGCCGAUGCCGACCUCGGUUCCGGCUCCUGCUGUUCAGCCACUACCGCUUCCCGGUCACAUGCCGCAGAGUUUCGCGACGUCAAUGCCUUCUCCUUCAACUUUGACAACUGUGAUGAUGGACGCCUCUAGUCUACAUCCUGUUUUCUUUACGGAAAGAUUGCGGAAGUCUCCGUUUGUGGUUGAUGGGGUCGAAGUAACUAGUCCCGUCGCAUAUGGAUACGGCUAUCGGGAAACCCAACGGAGAAUUGAUGGAGCUGUUCCCUCCAUGUUAUAAGGAACGUUCGUCCUGGAGAAUAGGCGCAGACAAUCAUUGGAGUGGUCAAAUGCUCUUUGUAGACGAUCUAUAACCCUUACCAUAUCACAAAGCAAUCUAUUUGCUGAUUAGAGAAUCGAAUUUAUCGCAACGGCUGAAAGGCCGCUUACAUUUAUUUGAACCAAUCUCCUUAUUGAAAGCAUAGAACUGUGUGUACCUAAUAUAGCUACAAAAGCAGAAUACACUUGGUAUCCUAAAGCAAUUCCUCCGGCU